GUAGGUAAGGUAUUGUUUGUUACAUCUUAACACACCAGUUAUAAGAGCAAUAAAUAAGCUAACUGAAAGAAUUAACCGGGUUGACUGCCGAUUUCAAACUCAGUCUCAAAAAUGGCUAUCAAGCUUGACGAUUUUCUCUCCAAAAAGAAAGAAGUCGCUCCAAUUUUGGAUUUAUCGAAAUGUACAGCGAAUAGCAAAGAAGAGUUGAAGAAACUUCUGGAAAAAGUGCCUGAAUUCCGAACGAGGCCUGAAAAGAUAAAGCCAGAAGACAUCAAGAUCCGUGAGAAAGAUUUCACUUUUAAAACACCGAAACGGGAGCUGAAACCUCCGAGCAUUCGCGAAUACCAAUUUGUUGACCCGGUGCCAGCUGAGAUGCGGGGAGUUCGCUUGGAGGACCUCAGCUCUGUCAACAUUCCUUGGAAAAUGCUCACAACACUCAGACCCAAGAACAAAUUGGAGGAUGAAUUUUUCUCCAGGUUGGUAGAACUGGGCAAGCUGCGACUGCAGACAGAGGAGCGUGAGAAGCGAAUCAGCGCCACCGACUUUGUGCGCAAGAUGAAGUCAAAGGCGGGCAUAGUCGAGACACGUGUCGUGUCUUGCAAGGAGUGCGGCGAGGAGUUCUGUGCCGGCGAGGCGUGUCACGAGUUCCUCUACGAGGCGUUCGUGCGCGAGGACCCGUCACUGGCUGCUGCGGGGGCGGUGGUUGGAGGCGGCAAGGGGGCGGGAGGCGAUGACGAGGAGAAGGGGCGGGGCAGGUCCAGGAAGAAGAAACGACGCGCCAAGUCCAGGGUGGUGACUGUGAUGGGGGGCGGGGCCACCUCCUCGUCAAGGGCCAGGGACAAGAGUCGCAGUAAGAGCAAGGCAACAAGAGAUGGGAGAAAAAGCAAGAGCAGAGAUGGUCGCAAAGGUGGCUCCGGAUCGAGAGGACGGAAGUCGAGCAAAAGUAGAGAUCGAAAAAGCAGCAAGAGUGGAGACAGAAGCAAAAAGAAAGUGCGAAAGAAGAAAAAGAAGAAGAAGAAAGCUAACAGGGCUGUUACAAUCGGGAAGAGCUUGUUCAAAAAAUCUACAAUAAGAAUAACAGCUCACUGUGACCGUGCCCAGAAUAACAAAUUGAAAAUAGUUUGGUUCGUUGGUCUGUCAGGGUGCUGGAAGAAUGGAGUCAUCAAAAAUUAUCCUGAGGUGAGAAUAUUUAUUUAUGUAUCUCACUGUGACCGUGCCCAGAAUAACAAAUUGAAAAUAGUUUGGUUCGUUGGUCUGUCAGGGUGCUGGAAGAAUGGAGUCAUCAAAAAUUAUCCUGAGGUGGAAAGAAACCCAGAAUGGUAUGGUUUACUACUAAAUACGUCCAAUGUUCGAGAAAUGCCCGAUAUGGUAACUGAGUGCGAUUGUUCCAAUCACUCGAUACCAUGUGAAUUGCACCCAUUUCAAAUUGAGGAACCUGCCCUGAUGGGGCAGAUCCCGAUGGGUAUGAAGGCAAGAAGCAAUACAUUCCUCCUCAAGCCCAAUCUCUGA